AUGGCCGAGCUACGGACCCCCAACAAAGCCCUCGGCAAACUUGACCUCACGAAGCCGCAUCAAUUCCAGUUGCCCAAGAAACAGAUUAACGAUGGCGAGGAUGUUUCCUUCUUUCUCACAUCGACUGCGUACGCAGAUAUCAUGACAUGGUUGCUGCAACUCAACGCAUCCAUGUUCCCAAAGAAGACCUCGUCGUCAUAUCAAGACUGGAGCUUGGACAACUCAACAUACACCUUCUCGGAUACUGUCCAGAAGCUGAGGUCCUUGUUGGAAAAGCUAGGAACCAUCAUCGAGGAAGCGCCUCCGGACCCUGGUCCUCGUAGGUUUGGCAACAUCAGCUUUAGGAAAUGGUACGAGAUCGUUGAAUCUCGGUUACCAAAUCUGCUUUCCGAAGCUCUUCCCGCUGAAGUUCUCAACGCCGGCAAGUCGGCCGAUGGAACCGCUACCGCAAAGGAAGAAUUGCAAGCAUAUCUGUAUGGUAGUUUCGGCAGCGCUCAGCGACUUGAUUAUGGCACCGGCCAUGAACUCAGCUUCUUGGCAUUCCUUGCUGGGAUCUGGAAACUAGGCGGUUUUGCGAAUACCGAGCCUGGUCUCGAAGAGCGAGGCAUUGUGAUAGGAGUUGUCGAACCCUACCUCGCACUCAUCCGUCGCCUCAUUCUUACUUACACCCUUGAGCCUGCCGGCUCUCAUGGUGUCUGGGGUCUCGACGACCAUUCAUUCGCGCCCUACAUUUUUGGCUCUGCCCAACUCUCACCCCCCAUCUCCAGCGCUGCCGAUAUUCCUGGCGAGGGCUCGCUUCCUGACGCACCCGAUCCUGGGGAUGUUGCCAAAGUCAAUAUCGUGCAGCGUGAACGCAAGUCCAAUAUGUACUUCAGCGCCAUCGGCUUCAUCUACGAUGUCAAAAAAGGACCUUUCUGGGAGCACAGCCCGAUCCUCUUCGACAUUUCUGGCGUCAAAGCCGGCUGGGCGAAAAUCAACAAGGGCAUGUUGAAGAUGUACAAUGCAGAAGUUCUUUCCAAGUUCCCUGUCGUGCAGCACUUUCCUUUCGGCUCGCUGUUCCGCUGGGAAAAAGACCCAACGGCAGCAGAAGCGCAAAAAUCAAUUCACACAACGAGCCAACCAGCGAGAAUGCCUCCUGCAGGCCAGCUGCGCGACGCGUCACAGCGAUUGCCGAUGCAGGAAGGGACGAAAGCGCCGUGGGCAACUGGUGCAUCCGCGCAACCCAUGACAGCCGCACCAUGGGCAUCAAACGCGACUGCCGCACCGCCCAUGACAGCAGCACCAUGGGCGACUCGAGGAGCAUCAGGCGCGACAACGAUGCCUGCACCCGCGAGGCCCGGUGCCGGCGGCGUGAUGCCUCCCACGCAGGCACCGUGGGCGCGAAAGCCAGGAGCGUGA